AUCAAUACACUAGUGCUACUAUUAUCCAGCGCCUGUGAGCUUUCAGACAAAGGGAAGUUUGUGUGGCUAUCGGUGUGUCACCAAAACUUCAACCGCCUUUGCCUUUUCUCUCCUCUCCUCUAUCUUUCUUCUUCACUCCAGCGACACUCAACCCCUAAAUAAACAACAGAUUUCAGUUCAAUUUAAUUCAGUUGCCGCUAACAAAUACGAGUUGGUGUAUGGAAUCUGAAAAGCACAUUGCAUUCCGUUUCUAUUCCUGAAUUUGGAGUUUGACUGGAUGAGCUCCCCAUGCCUUUAUUAGAUAUAGCUACUACACAGUCUUGUUUUCGGAACAAUGUUUGUUCAGUUAGUUCUCAAUAUGUUUUCGGUACUAGACUUGUCUACAACAAUGAGAUUAGAUUUGUAUCUACUUGGAAUUCCUUCCGAAUACCACAAAAAGCUUCGAAUUCGAGAAUUAAGCUAUUGCGGGGUGGAUUGAUGAUAAGGGCAGUAGCCACCCUCGAAAAAGGACCCACCACGAACAUCCAAAGCAACGAGGAACAAAACGAUUUUGGUGGUGUGAGGAUGGGAAAAUAUGCAGGAAGCUCAACUUGUGCUGUUGUUGAGAAGCAGUCGCCAAGUGAGGAAACUGAAUUGGAUGAGAGAGAGAAGUUGAGGCGAAUGAGGAUAUCCAAAGCUAAUAAGGGGAAUACACCUUGGAAUAAAGGCAGAAAGCACAGUCCAGAAACUUUACAACGGAUUCGAGAACGUACCAAGCUUGCAAUGCAGGAUCCUAAGGUGAAAAUGAAGUUGGUUAACCUGGGGCAUGCUCAAAGCAAGGAAACUAGGUUGAAAAUUGGUUUCGCUGUAAGGAUGGGCUGGCAAAGGCGCCGUGGGAAGUUGAUGCUCCAGGAAACUUGCCUCUACGAGUGGCAAAAUUUAAUUGCAGAAGCUUCUAGGAAGGGCCUUCUGGGUGAGGAGGAGCUGCAGUGGGACUCUUACGAGAUUUUGAACAAACAGCUUGAGCAGGAGUGGAUACAGAGUGUUGAAGAAAGAAAAAAUAGGCCCAGGCUGAAGGGUAACAAGAGAGCUCCAAAAUCUGCCGAACAGAGGAGGAAGAUUUCAGAGGCCAUUGCAGCUAAAUGGGCCGAUCCUGGUUACCGUACUCGGGUCCGUUCGUCUCUUGCUAAAUAUCAUGGAAUACCUUAUGAGGCUGAAAGAAGACCAAGGAGAAAGCCUAUUAGUGAUGGACAGACCAGAAAAAGAAGCCCUCCAAAAAAGAAAGAUAAUGAAAUGGAUAAUCUGGUAAAGCCCGAACACAAGAGCCAAGUUCAACGUGCUCGAUUGAGGAGAAAAAACGCACCAAUGUACAAGGAUCCUUUGGCUAGUUCCAAGUUGGAAAUGUUAAAGAAUAUCAGGGCGCAGAGAGUAGGUAUUGACCAGAAGAAGAUUGAAGCCAUUACGAGAGCAAAAGCAUUGAUAGCUGAGGCUGAGAAAGCAGCAGAGGCUUUGGAAAUAGCUGCCAAGAACAGCCUUGUUGCUCAAGCGUCACUCAUUGAAACUCGGAAGCUCAUCUCUGAAGCUAUCCAGUCCAUUGAAUCUAUAGAGAAAGAGGGGGCUUUUACAGAUGGAAAUAUUUCACCACCUUCAACUGAGCUGGUGAGCCACACUGCAGAUGAAGGAGAUUCAGAAUUUGGAGCUCUCGUUUAUACUGGUGAAAGAAUAAAUGGUUGGCAUGCUGUGACGUCUAUGGACAGUGCUAUCCAUGAUUUAGAAAAUGGACGACGUCCCCUGCAAGGUUUACCGAAUGGUAAAAGCACGGCUCUCUUGUCAAGCUCCGGUGACUAUGACUAUCUGGGUGACAGGCAGAAAGUCUAUCAAAUGAUUUCCAGUAAUUUAUCACUGGAAAAGGAGGCCAGUAUCACACAGCCCUCCAAGUCGACUCAGAGACUUGAUGAUGAUGAAGCUAAUGAAAGCCCAGCAGAUGAACAGAAGCAGCUUCUAAACAGGGAUGAAGCUAAUGCAGGCCCAGGAAACAAAGACAAACUGCUACCAAAUGGAUUGAUUUCGGGCGCAAAGAUUGAGGCGGUGACCACCACCACCACCAAGAAAUGGGUUCGUGGGAGGCUGGUUGAAGUAAGUGAAGGAUCUUAGAUUAGCUGAAAGAAUAUUUGAAGUAUCUGAUUUACGCAUUUGGAAUGCAUCUCAUGGAUGCAGUAUAGAGUAUACUUUUGCCUACGACAAAUUUUUGACAAAGAGAGUUUUCUCUGCAAAUCAAAUCAUAGUCUGAGCUUCGCUCUGCUUGAUAGUUGCAAUAGGCAUUUCGAUCUCUAAUUUCAUUCUAGAUACAUAUUUUCUUGUAAUAUCUCUUCCAUGACCAUUUAUGUAAAGUUCAGGAUAGACAUGGCUGCACUGUAAUUUGUCGGGCCGCUCGUAGCUUAUUCCAUUUGUUAGUGACUUCUGAUUCGUUUCGAAUUUAUAUCAAUCUUAUUGUCAAUUAGUAGGUAAA